UUCUGUGCUGUGAGCUUGGCUGCAGAACUGCCAAUUAAAUAGCAGAGAAGAAUGCUCAGCUCAGCAGGUUACUAUGGGGAAAGGGCUAUCUCAUGACCUCGUGGCUCUGUGCAUGGAGCAGAUGAAGACACAGUUGUUUAUAGACCCUUCCAGCAGCAUUGUUUUUUAAUUGAGAUUCACAGGAUAUAACACAAAAGAUUUGGAACUCCUUUCUCCAUUGGGCUUAGGAGGGGGAAUAAUGGUCCUCCUGGAAUUCACUGCAGAUUUCCCCAGACUCUGAAGUGCUGGGGAGUAAAAUCGGUCAUCUUCAAUUGUUCAGUAAAGACCCAGACAAUGAACUAUGUGGGCCAAAUUGCUGAAUCUGUGUUUGGCACUGUGAAGGAGCUGUACAAGGGUCUGAAUCCAGCCACACUCACGGGCUGUAUUGAUGUCAUUGUGGUAAGGCAACCAGAUGGUUCUUUGCGUUGUUCACCUUUUCACGUGCGCUUUGGGAAGCUGCGAGUUCUGCAUUCCAGUGAAAAAGUGGUUGACAUAGAAAUCAAUGGAGAGCCAGUCAAUCUGCAUAUGAAACUGGGUGACAAUGGAGAAGCCUUUUUUGUCCAGGAGACAGAAAAACAAAAGGAGAGAAUCCCAACCUUCUUAUGCACAUCUCCCAUCCCUUCUGAGAAAAGCAUAGAUGCUGUGGCCAAAUCUGCCAAUUUGUAUGGGAACUCUGAUGGCCUGGGCUUAGACACAGCUGUUCGUAAGAAAAGACGGCGCAAGAAGAAGCCAAAGAAAAGGGAGUCACCUGCCAAUUCAACUUCAGAAGAAGAAGGGACUGAAAGUGAGAGGUCUCUGGAGGAGAAGCGGAAAUUGCUGACUUCCAACAACACACUGUACUACUCCUUUGGGGAUGUUCAGAAAGAAGAUGGUGGGACUCUACAACUUCAAGAAGCACAUCCAUACUCUGAUGGAGAGCUGGCUCCCCUGCAGAGCCUUUCUCCAAAUUGUUCGUCUGCUCCAAAAAGCGACUCUGAAUUGGAAAUCAGAAAUCCUGAACUGCCACUUGGUUCUGAAUCCCAGCUACAAUGGUCCUGGGGAAGACUGCCAGAGGUGAGCAAAUCAGACCGUGUAGAAGCAAUCAAGCCUGUCCCAAAUGUCUCUGCAACAGCAGCCAAUGACCCAACCACCAUUACCCCUGUGGACAAGACAACUCGCUUUGUGGCUAUUACAGCUGGCUCAGAAAGUGACCUGGGAACAGUUGAUUCUGAUGAUACAUCAUCUUCUCCCAUAAUUAGGCCAACCCCUGUUUUUCCUUCUGGAAAUGGACUUCUGGGAGGUGAAGGCUCCUGUCCUUCCAUAUGUAUGCCUGGAAACCAACUAGACACUGAUCAUGGACUUCCAGGAGAUACACAAGUAAUAGCAGCAGUUGGAGAGGAUGAUGGACCAAAUUCCAUCAAGGAGACAACUAUGCAGACUCCAUAUCUAGAUUUGGAAGUACCUUCUCUGAAGAAACCUUUGUCAAACAUAGAGCCCUGCAGUGGUCCAGAGGUGAACCAGGAUAAAAGAAGGAGUUCCAUGAAGAAAAACCCUCAUCUGGGACCUACUGAUAUUUAUUUAGACGAUAUCUCAAACUUGGAUGCGGAGCAAUUAGCACUUUAUUUCCCCAAGAGUGAUGCUGAGCUGAAUUGCCCACGAGCACAGUCUGAUCCUGGCAUCUUCUCUCAUCCCCACAUGCUGGGUGGUGCAAUUGGUGACAACAGUACAGAGACUUUUUUGGAAUCUAUAGAACAUAGCCUGAUGCCCCCCAUCCUCUUGUCUCUCUGUGGAGGUCUUGGGGAUGAUGGAGAGUUAUCUCAUGCAGAGAAGUUUAUGAAGCAUAUAGUGUCCUAUCAGGAGUUUGCAGAGAACCCAGCAAUUCUUGAAGACCCAAAUUUGGUAAUACAGAUCCAAAAGAAAUAUUACAAUUGGGCAGUUGCAGCUCCGAUGGUUCUCUCACUACAGGCAUUCCAAAAGAAGCUUCCCAAAAAUACUGUUGACAGAUUGAUGAAAGAGAAGAUGCCCAAGAAAGGUGGAAGGUGGUGGUUUUCUUGGAGGCGAAAAGAAUUUUCAAAUGAGGAGCAUGAAGUCAGUGCCCGGAAGUACAACAGAGUAGGCAAGAAUCAGGAGGGCACUUCUCUUCAGAGGAGGGGAAAUGAUUCAUCCAGUGAUGAUGAUGCUGUAUCCUCACGUCAAGGAGACAGAUUCAUACCAGAUGCUAUUACACAGAAAUUUCUUCCAACUUACAAGAAAUCCUUAAGACUUUCUUCUGAUCAAAUUAAAAAGCUGAACCUGAGAGAUGGGCCCAAUGAGGUAGUAUUCAGUGUAACCACUCAGUACCAGGGCACAUGUCGUUGUGAAGCUAACAUUUACUUAUGGAAUUGGUAUGACAAGGUGGUAAUCUCUGAUAUUGAUGGCACCAUCACCAGGUCUGAUGCUCUAGGGCAUAUCUUGCCACAUUUUGGGAAAGACUGGACCCACCAAGGCAUCGCUAAGCUCUUCCAUAAAAUCCAUCUCAACGGGUACAAGUUUCUCUAUUGUUCAGCCAGAGCUAUUGGCAUGGCACACAUCACCAAAGGAUAUUUAGAAUGUGUCAAUGACCAAGGUUGGAUGCUCCCCAAAGGACCCAUCCUGCUUGCACCUAGCAGCCUCUUCUCAGCAUUCCAUAGGGAAGUGAUUGAGAAGAAGCCGGAAGUGUUCAAAAUUGCCUGUCUGGCAGACAUCCAAAAUUUAUUUGAUUCCAACAGCCAGCCCUUCCAUGCUGCUUUUGGGAACAGACUAAGUGAUGUCUAUGCCUACAAAAAAGUGGCAUUACCAGAAUCCCGUAUAUUCACUGUGAACCCCAGAGGGGAGUUGACCCAGGAACUGAUAAAAAUUACAAAAUCCACGUAUGAGCGUCUGGGUGAGGUGGUAGAAUUUCUCUUUCCACCUAUUGGUGAGGAUGUCGUUGCUUCCCUGGCUCGUCCGGAGUUCAGCCAGUUCUGUUACUGGAAAUCAACCCUGCCUACCAUAGACUUUGAAGACUUUGUCUGAUUGCUCAGAACCAGCAUUAUCUCCCAAAGAAUCCUUAACUAUUGGUCAUCCAAUCUGAUGGAUAGGCAGCAAACUACAGCUUGCUAUUUCUCCCCCAGUAUGCAAAGUACACGGCCUUUUGAAAGGUUGUGCGUUUGUCUGUAGUGGGUAAGGAGCAUCUUGGGUGGAAAUGUGGCCUUUCAACCCAAGAUUUGACAUAUAUGUUGUAUGAUUGAGUGCCUUUUCAAGAAAACUGUGCAUUUGUGAUGUCUUUAAGUGAUUGUACUCUGGUCUUAUUCUUAGAUUGCUAAGAGUCUUCAUGAAUGUUAGUAAGGGAUGCAAGUCCCCGCUACUUCCAUCCCCCAGUGUUAGGGGUCAACAGAACUCAGGCAAUAGAAGAGCCUGCUUAUACAGAACACUCUUCUUCCAUUACCAUUUACCAACACAAUGUUUCAAAGCCUACCAAAUCAUGUUUCACCUAGAUGAUAGUAUGCUAAAAGAAAUGAUACUCUUUUCAUAUUGCGUUCAGUUCUCUGCUGGCCUUGUUCUUUACAGUAGCAUCUAAUACUAAUAGAAUAUUCUUUAAACAUUAUUUCUAACCUCUGUGGCUUUUUAAAAAAUAUUGCCUACUGCUGUUCUGAACUAGACCCCUGGUUUUACAGAGCCUCUCCUGGAUCCUGAACUCUGUCUCUUGAUUGUAGCAACAGGCAUCAAUCCCAUGACUUGCUACAAUGGGAUAUUUUAAAUCAUGUCAACAAGGAAAAAUGUAGCAUUUGAUCUUAAGGUGAUUAAUGGCUACCAAAUGCAUUUCUUUAUGGAGUUAUGAUAUCUUUUGCAAUCUCUUUGGUUAGAGAUCUAGUGAAACACCAAAUGUCCGUUAGCAGGGGUAGUUCUGAAAAUCAAACAUUACACAUUCCUUAUCAUAAGGGCAGUAAUAAUAAAGGUGGAAAAAGUGCAAAAAACCUUAAAAUAAAUCCUUAAGUCAUUCUGUAGGAUUUGUGCAGAUUUUUUUCCGCUGGACAUUGAUAUUUUUGCUGUGAAUUUAAUGAAAAUUAGAUUCAGGGGACCAGUUCUUGUUCUACCUUACAUGUGAUUUCCUCCUUUGCAAACCUAGGUCAGAGUACAAUGAACUAAGAAGGGUUAGUUUCACUCAAGUCCUAUGAGCCAUUUAUUAUAUCGAGGCAUCUGCCAGUCCAUAAUGAAUACAAAUUGGAGCAGAAAGUAUAAAAUCUGUGACUAUAUGCAACAUUUUAUGAAUCUCUUGUGGUCUUCAUUAGAACUUGUUUUCUAUCAAGUAAGAGGAGAUUAUUCAUAGUUGUGAAGUAUAUGCUCUGUGUGUGGGAAAUGCCAAGUUCAGACUUUGGCAUCUUCAGUUAAAAGGAUCAGAUAGUAGGUGACAUGAACAGUCUCAACCCCAGUCCCUGGAAAAACUGCAGAAGGUAUUUUCAUAAACCCUAUGUAAAACUAUUAUGUUUAUCAUCAGUGUUGCUGUGUGGUAUCCUAAGCAAUAAUGACUUCCAGUUUUUAGUCCCGAUACUAUUUAAACAUUGUUCUAAUAUUAUCACAUUUUGGAAUCUGUGUUGAUAAUGUAGAGAUCAUUCUUAUCAUUCUAGAGAUUGGGAUCAUCUGCUGAAGCUAAUGGUGAGAUAUUCAAAAUAAAGGGAAAAUCUGGACUAUUGCAGAGAACACAUCGUUAAAACUGUGGAAUUUCCAUCUGUAAAAUAUGAUAGCCACCACCAAGUUAGAUAAAGAGGGAUUAGACAAAUUUGUGGUAGGUAAGGCAGUUUGUGGCUGUUAGUCAUGUCAGUCAUACAGUAUUUUCAGGAUAGAAGUAGCACCUUUCUGAGCACUAUUUGCUAGAGAAGAAAUUUUGGAGCAGGCUUUAGUUGUUAUGUUUACCUAUAGUCUUCUCAUAGACAUGCAGUUGGCCAGUCCAGGGAGUAGAAUAUUGUAUAAUGUAGAUCGUGAUCUGAUCCUGUAACCUGGUUAUAAAUAUAGUUACUAAAAAAAUUGAUAGAGAUAAUUGCAAAGUUUGGCAAACAUUACCUGGAUGCCAGUAUUUCUGAGAGAUAAUACAAAUAAUAAUAAUUCUGUAUUUGAUGUUAUUUGGUCUCAUUAGAAUGGCAGCCAUGUUGCUUGGCAAUUAAUGCAAACAGAUCAGAUUUGAAGUAUUAGACAAACCUGAUAACCAUCAUUGGUUAUCUGAAAGUCAGUUGCAUUAAAGCCAGUUAGAUAUAGAAUGAAUUUAUAGAACCCUCUCACUAUGAGACCCUAAAUCUAAAAAGACCUUGCUUGUACAAUUCCCAGCAAUCAAUGCUGUUUCAGUACUAUGCCCGGGCCUGAAUCCUGACUGAAAAGGCUCCAGAUAAUCCAUAUCCUUCACAGCCUCUGAAGCUGCAGCCCAACCACCAUCUCCACCACCUUCUCUAAAAAA